CAGACUCUCACUAUGCCACUCAAGUUUCAUCAAUGCGUCAAUCUGGCAAGCCUGUCAAAGGAUACAAGAGUGGACCAUAGAGGCUGACAUUAUUACAGACAUUUGCAUAGGUCUCAGAUUCCAUCUACAGUGAAACUUUUGGACUCACCACAAAGGAACUUUCCAGUGGCACUAAGUAAUCCAAUUACUAAGUAAUCCAUUACACCAGGAGCUUGAAAUGUGUAGAGCAUGGUUAUCAUAGCUCCUGUCUGCAGCAUGGAGAUGGUAAAGAAGCCAUUAGUCAAAUUGUGCAUCAGCAUAGACCUAAAGCCACUGAACCAAGUGAAAAGAUUCCACUGGCCACCACUCAAAACUGAUGACAACUUACCUGAACUUUCCAAAGCCAGAAUCUUUAUUGUUUCAGAUGUAAAUAAUGGGUUUUGGCAUCUGUAACACUUGAGGGUGCAAGUCAGACUUGAGAGGCAGUGUCAUCCCUGCCCUGCAAUCUGGAGUGCCUUGCAGUGCCUUGCUGCUGUAGCUCCCAACCUGGACUAUUCAUAAACAGCCUGUCAGUAUGAAGGUCACACCCAGAUGUGUCUAUGUAAAGCUAUGACUCUGAUCCAGCAGCUCUGAACCCAGCAGUCUGUCAGCAUGCACUGCAAACCCUCUGGCUUCUAGAAGCCUGAUUUACCAUUUACAGGGUGACCCAAUACACUCCCAGUCACCGUUGGCCCCAAUAUGUUCUACAUUGUCCAGUCUACUCCUGGCCAAUCCAGAUAUAUUAAGUCUGUCCCUCUAGUUGAACCAUAUACAACAGCUUACCCUCCUAAAUGAAAAAAACAAGGAGUCUGAUGGCACUUUAAAGACUAACAAAUUUAUUCGGGCAUAUGCUUCUGUGAAAUACAACUCACUUCUUCAGAGAAAAGAAAAGAAAAGAAAAGAAAAGAAAAGAAAAGAAAAGAAAAGAAAAGAAACAGUGAUAUCAUUGCUAAUUAGAUCAGGGUAGAUAUGGCUCUCUUCCAAAAGUGAUGAGAAGGUGAGAGUAUGAGAAGGGAAAAUUACUUAAUGUAAUGAGAGAGCCAUUCCAUGUUUCUAUUUAAACCUCCUUUAAUGUUUCAAAUUUGCAUAUGAAUUCUAGUUCAGCAGUUUCUCAUGGCAAUCUGUUUUUUAAGGGUUUUUUUUUUUUUGCUUGAGAAUGGCAACUUGUGAGUCAGUAACUGUGUGUCUAGGGACGAUAAAGUGCUCCCUCACUGGUUUUUGUAUGUUUCCAUACAUGAUGUCUGAUUUGUGUCCAUUUAUUUUUUUCAUAGACACAAUCCAAUUUGUCCAAUGUACCUGGCAGAGAGGCAUUGCUGGCACAUGAUGGCAUAUAUUACAUUAGUAGAUGUGCAUGUGAACGAGCCUUUGACGGUAUAAUGGAUGUGGUUAGGUCCUGUGAUGAUGUCCCUAGGGUAGAUGUGUGGAUGGAGUUGGCAAUGGGGUUUGUCGCAGGGAUAUUGUUUGGCUUAAAUCCUAUGAUAUUCCGCUAUAUGAUUGUCUUUGUGUGAGUCUGGUGCACUUUUAAAAUAGCUUGGCGUAAGAUUGAACGUGAUUCUGACCUCUGCAUACCCUUGUCAAGUGCUUUGUGUUAUGUGAGAUACUCCACAAUUGUUUACCAGCAUUUCCACUUCUUGUUGCUUUCCCAUCUGUAGUGCCAUUUGUGAGCAUUCUGGCUCCUCCCCUGGAGUGGAUAAAUGUUAAGUGAUAGAAGUGAAUAAAUAGAAGUGAAUAAAUGUUAAGAAAGGCAACAAAAGGCAAAGUUUUAAAUAAUCUUACUAAAAUCACUUUCUAGUUCGAUUGUUUGUCUUUCAUUUAAUUGUUUUGUGUGAUAGUGUAAUUCACCAGAUCUUCAUUCUUCCAUACAGAUUCAGAGCAGACAAAGUCCAGCAGAAAAUGUUUAAAAGCCUUUUCCCCAAAAUCCCAACCAAUCAAAAACAUAGAAAAAAAAACGAAAAAACAAAUUCAACAUUUUACCAUAAUGAAACAUAACAAAAAAUAUAUGACUGCAAUUUUUUUAUUUGGUGAUUUUUUUUUCAGUUUAACAUCUCAUUACUCACCUAAACUAUAAAUAGACUAAAAGACCAGUAUAAAUACUUUGGGAGCCAGUACAUUUUUUUUCAAACAUUGAUCUUUGGUGGAAGAAAGAGUGAAAAAAAAAUCCUGGUUUGUCUUCUGUUGAUACCUGUGUAAAUUGUGAGUAACUCCACCGAAUAAAAUGAACAUAUGUUGUUACAAAAUUGGUGACAAAAAAAGAAAACAAUUGGUCCCUAUAUUUGGCCUCCACAACAAUAACUGUGUUCUUUCAGCAGUAUAGCUUCUAAUCUAUUUCUCCUUUUUAAAAAGCUGUGCAUGUGGCUGUAAACAGUCCUUUCAUUUAGUGAUACAUCCCUGUGCUUGAAUAUUGGUAGAAUUAGAAGUAUCAAAUUGAGAGAAUUAAUAACAUACUAAUGGAACAUUUCCCUUGUACACUGUAACUAGUGCACAUUAUCCUCAUUCAUGAUAUCUGCAAAACCUGAACCUCAAGAGUAGAGACAAAGAAAUCAGGAAACAAGAGUAACAAUUGUUCCUAUGGUCUUUACAUUCAGUCCUAAAAUCAGCUAAUUUUCUUCUCAAUAAUACAGGAAAUACUGAAAACAAAUAUUCUUCCAGGUUGUGCUUAGUUUGCAGGUAGAUCGGGUUCAUCAGUGUGUUUUGAGUGUAAGUUAAUCUUUACAACUUUUGGUAUUUGCUAAGCAUGGGCCGGAUUAGCAGACUUUGGACUGUGAAAGGCAAUAAAUGUAUUUGUUUUCCCCUUCCAUAAGAUAGGGUAAUAAAUAAACACUUGUUGUCACUCACUGUACAAGAUGAACCUCUCUAAUAUGUGACUUUCUGAUCUGGGAACAUCACAGAAGUUGCUUGACCAGAGAGCCCUAGUGGCUGGGAGUGGGGGCUGGUUAGGAGUCUUGCAGCAGGAGGAUAGGAGCAGCCAGGAGCCUAGCUGGGGCCAGGAGCGGAGCUGGGCCGGCAGCAAAAGGGCUGGCAACCAGGAGCCCAGCUUGGUCAGGAGUGCAACUGGGCUGGUGGAUGGGGACUGGCAGGGCAGGAGCAAAGCAGAGUUGAUGACCAGGAGCCAGGCUGGGGCCAGGAAUGGAGCCAGGGCAGGUGGGAAUCCCAGCCAUCAGCGGGGGAACUAGCAGCUGGGAGCCUGGCCAGGCUCGGGAGCAGAGCUGGGGCUAGUGAUUGGGAGCCCAGUUGUAGUGAGCCUGGACAGGGCUGGGAAUGGAGUCAGUGGCCAGUAGGGGAGCAGGGGGUGGAAGCCAGGAUUGGAACCUGAUGGCGGAGAGGCUGGCACCUCCCAGAAGAGCCCAGAGGCAAGAAACAGAGGGGCCAGCAUUGACCUCCCCUGGUUCAUUCCUUGGGGAUGCCAAAACAUCUGUAGUUAUUAAAUUAAUUUUAGCUGAGACUUGCAACUGACAACAACUUUAGAACAAUCAUCAACUCCUGAAAAAAAUAUUAUAAAGCUGACCAGUGGGUCAACUAGUAGAAAUGAUUCUACUAAAACUUCCUCCAGUACCACUUUCAUCAUGUUAGCAAGAUCUGGAAUAGAAAACAUAACCUUUGUUGCUUCCCUCCCCCCCCAGUGGACUAAGAGGGGGAAAAAUGAUGAUGUUGAUUUCACUUCUAUUAGAGGUUCAUCUGUAUCCAUCCCUAAAGAAUGGGAGCUUGCAAAUGUAUUAACUUGGGCUUUCCAAUAUUGUUUCAGCAAUUAAAAUUUAGAUAUCCAGUUUGUAUCAAUGCUAUUUUUCUUUUUAACCAAUUUUACGGGUUAGACACAGCUUUGUGUGAAAACAAGCAAGCAAAUAAUUAAGAUGGUCUCCUCUCCCUUGCACUUUGACAAAUGCUUUAGGACCAGCCUGCUGGGAUUUAAAAUAAAUAAAUAAAUACAUGAAAUGAUUUUUUUCCCAACAGGCAGGUGACAGUGUUAGCAGUUUUGACAGCUUGAAUGCAGAUCUGUUUUUCAUCAGCUAUGGAGAAGAUUGUUGCUUGUCUAUAUAGAAGGCCUAAUGCACUUUUUAGGCUGAUUUGCUUCCCCUGGGCUGGAAGUCUUUUAGAGUACCCUGAAAUGACUAUAAUUUUCUUUUCCUCCCUAGUAUGCUCUAUAAGGCUUCCUGGAAGAGAAUCUUGGGUUAAUGACCCUUUUGCAAAAGACAUGAAAACUAUUGUUAAUGAAACUACUAGUGUUUUGCUUCAAGACUUGCAAGAGAAGCCUUUUGCAUUUUUUGGUCACAGUUUUGGAUCAUAUGUUAGUUUUGCAGCUGCAGUACACUUGAAAGAAAAAUAUGGACUACAACCGGUACAUCUUUUUAUAUCAAGUAUAGGUCCCCCACAUAUGAGUGAUACCAUCUUUGAUAAUAUGAACUUAAAAGACAAAGACAAUGAAGAAAUUACCAAGGAGGAUGUAACAAAUAGAGAUACCACUAUUCACAAGCUUCUUGGAGGACACUUAUAUCUGAUGAACCCUGCUAAUGAAACUUUCAUGGCAAACUAUAUGACAAAAUGUAUAGAAACUGCUGAUCUCUGAGUAUUUGUCGGUAGAGGAGUCAAAGAUUUAUCCAAAGCAGUAAAUAAUAUGGGACAUUUUCUAUACAAUUUUACUACUACCAUGAUAUAAGUUAUGCAACAGGACAAAGCACUCAGUUGAUGCAUUUAUACUGCUGCAUGCAUCCUACAGCCAAAGGUUUCUCCAGGAUAUAAUUCAUUGUGAUACUUAGGAAAAUUCUGAUUCCUAACAAUAAGCAGCCAAUGAAUUAACUUGCUUCCCUAUAGUGGAUAGAGUUUUAGGAUGGUGGAAGGAUAGUAGGCUAAGAGCACUGUAAAGAUAUUUAUGUCUGAUUUCAGUGGCUUCCCUCUGCCUUUACCUAUAGCUUGAACUAGCUCAACAAAGCAUGGAAACAAAAAAUCAGCUCUGUGGGAAGUAAGGGGACCCAAAGUUAUUUCCAUUUAAAUUGAAUAAACUUAAAAACAAAUAGUCUUGCAGCACUUUAGAGACUAACAGAAAAUGUAGAUAGUAUCAUGAGCUU